UGUUUUUAGCUUUCUCUGCAGUUAUUGAAAUACCUAAGCUGUAUCAUCAAGAUCAAGAUCAAAUUCACCCCGUCUCCUCCUCCAUCCCCCUACUCAACCACCACCACUACCACAACAACAACAAUAUCAAGCAUGAAAAUAUGGUGAAGUCCUAUAGGAAGAGAAUAAUACCUAGCAAAUAAUCAUGACUGCAGAGGAAUUACUGGCAUCUAUAGAAGUGUAUCAGAAACAGUUGCAGCAAAUUGAAGAGGCACUUGCAGCUGCUGGAAAUGAAGAUAAAAGCCAACUGAAAGAAUUGCAAGCCAAUCUUCUGCAGCUUCUGGAGCUCACACUGCAACAAUUGAACCAACAGCCACUCAGUGAUGAAGCACUGAAGGCUGACACAGCAGCCAACACCAAGGAACAAGAUGCUACAGAGUCACAAAACAUCACUCCAUCUAAUGACACAAGUGAACACAACAAUCUAGAUGAUGAAUUUGCACUUUUCAAGUCUGAGAUAGCAGCCAUAGUUGGAGAAGAUGAGCCUGAGGAAGAAGAGGCUGCAAACUAUUCAAAAGAGGAGCUUGAGGCAAUGGUGGGGAAUCAUUACAGAGCACCGUUCACAGAGAAGUGGGGAGGUGUCUCCUACCACAAUGUUGUCAUCCUCAGUCUGGUCACAGAGGAUGGCAGAGACAUCAGCUUAGCAAAUCCAGAGGUGAAAGUACUGUACAGUCAGCCCACAUCCACACAGAUGCUUACCUGUCGUUUCUUCCUCUCGGGCCACUGCAAGUACUCGGAUGACAAGUGUCGCUUCUCCCAUGGAAAAGUUGUUCCUGUGUCAGAAAUAAAGGAGUACAGAGAUCCAGACUAUGACGCUUUAGUAGCCGGGAGCCGUGUGUUGGUGCAGCACACCAGUGACCUCUGGACCAAUGCAACUGUACAGGACAUUCUGGAGGACAGAUCAGCAUUCUGCAUUAAGUAUGACAAGAACAAGGAGAUUGCAGAAGUUACAGCAAUGCAGCUUGUUCCUCUUUGUUGUGAGGACAGUGUGGAACAAAACAGUGAUGAUGAUUAUGUUGAUGCCGAGAGGUUGAAGAGGUCAGAGUUGACCAAAGACACAAGUCCAGACUGCAGUGAUGAUGAAGGGCAAAUCUUCAUCCCAAGUGCAAACUGGUACCAGAAUUCUUUGUCAUGUCGGCUUGGAGAAUGGGAGAAGUACACUAAAGGCAUUGGCUCCAAGUUGAUGAUGAAGAUGGGCUAUGUAGUGGGCACUGGUCUUGGCCGUGAAGGGGAGGGGCGUGUGGAGCCUGUCACUGCCUAUGUAUAUCCUCAGGGAGUGUCUUUAGAUCGUUGUAUGGAACUUCGAGAAGCAUCCAAUGGCGAAGAGUUGCUAGAAGUUGAAAAACGACUUGAUAGAGAGAAAAGAAAAGAAGAAGCUAAAUCAGCUCAAGUUGCAGAGAGACUGAGGAAGCAGACAUCUGUGUUUGACAUCAUCAAUAAAAAGCUUGGAGGAAAAGGUCACACCUCUGAAGAUGAUGCUGAUGACCUCAAGCAAAAACCAGCUGUGAAUAUUUGUUCAACUGUCCUGCAGAAGGAUACUGCAAAAAAUCUGAAUAUGAAAAACUAUCAGAUCAGUGAAAAUAUUCGGCAACUAGAAAAGGAAGUGCAAAAAAUGGAACAGGCAAAGCUUCGUCAAAGCAAUAACAAAGCUGCACUCGGCAUGAUAAACACUAAACUAGAAGCCAAAAAGUCAGAGCUACAAAAGUUUAAAGAAGCUGAGAUGAAGGUACAAGGAGAGCAACAGAAGAGGAGGGACACAAAGAAAUACUGUGUUUUUUGAGCUGUAAGUGUAGUGUACCUGCUUAACAUUCUCACCCACUUAUUCUAUUCAUACAGCAGUCUUGUCACUUGUACUUGUGUUGUAUUGCACAUUUGCCCUCACACACACACACACACACACACACACACACACACACACACACACACACACACACACACACACACACACACACACACACACAAGGUUUUGAUUGCUGUAGAUUUUCACUGAGGAGCAAAGAGCUCUCCAUUCCUGAGUAAGAGGAUGAGUGUUUGUAUUAUCUGAAAGGUCUUACCUUUACCUUUAGCAAGAUUUGAUAUUUGAGCUCUAAGCUUUCACCAGGACAGUAGUCACUGGCUAAAGUUGUUAUUAAGAAGAAAAAUUAUGCUAUUUAAAGAGAUACAGAGGCUGGAAUGGUAGACAUACAAGUAAGAGAGUGCUGAUGACAACAUAGUACAAAAUAACAAGAAUUAAAUGUUUGCAUAGAGCAUGUGAAUUGUAGUUUUUUAAACUGAAUUAUUGGUAAUUAGGAUUUGAAAAUAGAUAUGCAAUCAAGGAACAUCCAUGAGUUCAAAAUAUAAAUGCACUUACAGAAUGUGCAGAAAAGACCCCCAUGCUGAUCACAUCCACAAUUGUUCUCUCACAUUGUGUCUAGUGGCAAGAAGUUAUACAAACCCAUUUUGAAGCUCUUUUAUACAGCACCUUUAAGUAUGUGCACCACACACACACACACACACACACACACACACACACACACACACACACACACACACACACACACACACACACACACACACA